UCUGUUUCUCUCCCAACAAUCUGUGUUUGAGGUUGUGUUUCCAGGAAAUGAGGUUCCAAAGUGGUUCAGCUAUUGUAGGGAUUUGAAGGAGCGUAGUGAAUGUGAAGUUUCUGUUGAAAUCCCUCCCAAUUUCAAAUGGUCAAAAACAGGGUUGGCUCUCUGUGCUGCUGUUGAAAUUAAGCAAAACAGUUCUGGCAAUUGUUGCUUGAUAGCCAGAGUUUACAUGGAUGAAGAAUGUUCCCAUGAACAUGCGGUUGAAAUUAAGCAAAACAGUUCUGGCAAUUGUUGCUUGAUAGCCAGAGUUUACAUGGAUGAAGAAUGUUCCCAUGAACAUGCGGUUGAAAUUAAGCAAAACAGUUCUGGCAAUUGUUGCUUGAUAGCCAGAGUUUACAUGGAUGAAGAAUGUUCCCAUGAACAUGCGGUUGAAAUUAAGCAAAACAGUUCUGGCAAUUGUUGCUUGAUAGCCAGAGUUUACAUGGAUGAAGAAUGUUCCCAUGAACAUGCGGUUGAAAUUAAGCAAAACAGUUCUGGCAAUUGUUGCUUGAUAGCCAGAGUUUACAUGGAUGAAGAAUGUUCCCAUGAACAUGCGGUUGAAAUUAAGCAAAACAGUUCUGGCAAUUGUUGCUUGAUAGCCAGAGUUUACAUGGAUGAAGAAUGUUCUCAUGAACAUGUGGUUUAUUUCGAUUCGAAAGAGAUGGAGUCAGCUCAUCUGUGGCUGUAUUAUAUCCCAUUCCAUACAAUGAUAGCCAAGACAAGAAGUGGCUUGCCACCUUAUAAGUGCAAAGUUAGUUUUGACCUUACCAUCAAAGGUUCAGUCUUUUUUGAAAGCUGCGGAGUCCACCUAGUGAUCAAGGAUGAUUUGCCAGUGCCCAAAACAAAGUUUUUCCCUAAUCAUUGCCUUCAAAUGUAAUGCUGGGUAAAGUCGCAUUUGAUUCUCUCUCCUUGUUUUUUGUCUUCCUUCUAAUUAA